CCCGCAGGUGGCAGUGAUGAGUCGCAGGUGACGCCAGAGAGCCGAGAGAGGGACGACCAACAGCGCUGUCUGUCGGCUUCGGGGAACGACCUCCGCUCUGCCCGGACGGAACGCCUCCACGACCCCCGCCAAGUGCCCGGAAGGAGGCCCCAGCGCGAGAGUGAGCGGCGCGACGCGGCCGUAGCGGACCUCCGCCUUCCCCUUCCUCCUCCUCCUCCUCCUCUUCCUCUUCCAUCUGCUUCGCCUCCUCCUGCAGCAGGAUGGUGUUCAUCAAGACGAUGCUGGUGCGGCGGCGCGGCGUGCUGCUGAAGCUGGUGGUGGCGCUGCCGGCGCUGUGGCUGCUGGUGAGCCUGGCCACGCUCUCCGAGAAGGCGGACAAGGGCGACGCCAUGGACCUCCCGGCCGCCGUGCAGGUGCGCCACGAGCAGAACAAGAUCAUCCGCAGCGACCCCGUCAAGGAGCCGCCCCCGCCGCCGCCGCCCGUGCACCCGCGCGCGCCCGCCGUCGUCGAGAAGCAGCCGCCGCCCCCGCCGCUGGAGGUCAAGACGCACACCAAGACGGAGGAGCCGCACGAGGUGCACCCCCAGCAGGGCGUCCUCUUGCCUCCCCAAGAGCCCAACGGCCCCGGGGAAAUGGGCAAGCCCGUGGUGCUCCCGAAGGACCUCGAUCCCGAGACCAAGAAGAAGGUGGACGAAGGGUGGAAGAACAACGCCUUCAACCAGUACGUCUCCGACAUGAUCUCCGUCCACCGCUCCCUGCCCGACCCGCGCGACGAAUGGUGCAAGGCCCCCGGCAGAUUCCUGGAGAACCUCCCCGAGACGUCGGUGAUCGUCUGCUUCCACAACGAGGCGUGGUCGGUGCUCCUGAGGACUGUCCACUCCAUCCUGGACCGGUCGCCGCCGCAGUUCCUCAAGGAGAUCAUCCUCGUCGACGACAACUCCGAUAUGCCCCACCUCAUGAAGCAGCUGGAGGACUACAUGGCGCAGUACCCGAAGGUGCGCAUCAUCCGGGCUCCGAAGCGCGAGGGGCUCAUCCGGGCGAGGCUGAUGGGGGCCGCCCACGCCACGGCGCCCGUGCUCACCUUCCUCGACUCCCACUGCGAGUGCACCACAGGUUGGCUGGAGCCCCUGCUCGACCGCAUCGCCCGAGACCCCACAAACGUUGUGUGUCCGGUGAUCAACAGCUUAAGGGACGACACUCUGGAAUUCCAUUACCAUGAGGACCCAUCCAAGAUUUCGGUUGGGGGAUUCAGGUGGAAUAUGAUCUUCAACUGGCACGCCAUCCCGCAACGGGAGCGCGCCCGCCACCAGCACCCCGCCGAGCCCGUGCAGUCGCCCACCAUGGCGGGCGGUCUCUUCGCCAUCGACAAGGCCUUCUUCGAGCGCCUCGGGACCUACGACUCCGGCUUCGACAUCUGGGGCGGCGAGAACCUCGAGCUCUCCUUCAAGACGUGGAUGUGCGGGGGCACCCUGGAGAUCGUGCCGUGCUCCCACGUGGGCCACAUCUUCCGCAAGCGCUCCCCCUACAAGUGGCGCUCGGGAGUCAACGUUCUCAAGAGGAACUCCAUCCGCCUGGCCGAGGUCUGGCUCGACGAGUACAAGAAGUACUACUACGAGAGGAUCGGCUACGACCUGGGCGACUUCGGCGACGUGAGCGAGCGGAAGAAGCUGCGGGACGACCUGGGCUGCAAGUCGUUCAAGUGGUACCUGGAGAACGUCUACCCGGAGCUGUUCGUGCCCGGAGAUGCCGUUGCUUCGGGAGAGGUUCGCAACUUGGGUGCUGGCGGGUCUACUUGCCUCGACUCCCCUGCACGCAGGGCUAAUUUACACAAAGCUGUGGGCCUCUACCCUUGUCAUAAGCAAGGGGGUAAUCAGUAUUGGAUGUUGAGCAAGGAAGGAGAGAUCAGGCGUGAUGAAGCAUGCAUGGAUUACGCUGGUGCUGAUGUGAUCCUAUAUCCAUGCCAUGGAUCAAAGGGAAACCAAUACUGGGAGUACAACCCAGAGUCAAGUCGCAUCAUGCAUGGCAGCAGCAAGAAGUGUCUUGCUAUUUCUCAAGACCGGAAGAAACUCGUAAUGGAAGACUGCAAUUUAGAAGAAUCAAGACAAAAGUGGAAGUUUGAAAAUUAUGAUCCAAGCAAAAAACUAUGAAAACAGAUCAAAUAUUAAAUAAAUAUUUGUUUUGUUUA